ACGAGUGUUGUGGACAGCGUCCCCAUCCUCCAACCAGCACACAUCUCGGCGGUGUCGGUACCGUCGCACAAUGGACCGUCGACGCUAAACAUCCUCCUCAAAAGACUGUGUAUGGAUUUAAUGAUGAUGAAAAAAAAGAAAUUCAAAUUCAAGGUGAAUUUUGAGCUGGACGAGCUCUCGUCGGUUCCGUUCGUCAACGGCGUUCUCUUCUGUAAAGUCCGACUUUUGGACGGCGGAUUCUCCGAGGAGUCUUCGAGGGAACCAGUCCAGGCCAACUGUGUUCGUUGGAGGAAGAGGUUCUCUUUCCCCUGUAAGAUGAGCGCCAAUGCAGGAACUGGCGUAUUGGAUCCCUGUGUGUGUCGUGUUUCAGUCAGAAAGGAACUGAAGGGGGGGAAGGCAUACGCUAAGCUCGGUUUUGCAAAUCUGAAUUUAUCGGAGUUUGCCGGCUCAGGCAGUACAACACGAAGAUGUCUACUGGAAGGUUACGAUACCAAAAAUACUCGCCAGGAUAACUCCAUCCUUAAAGUUAUUAUCACUACUCAGCUCAUGUCAGGCGAUCCUUGUUUUAAAACGCCUCCUUCGACUGCGACAGUGAUUGGGAUCCAGGGUGAUGGGGAGAGCCUGCUGGAAGAGAGGCGGGGAGGGGACUUACCAACAGCCUCUUCUGCGAUCGACGGCGCGACGAAGGACUUCACCCGAUCAUCGAUGCGGUCGGCGGCCCGGAGACGGAGGAAGUCAACCCAGACAGAGAGUCGAGAAGUCAAGUGUCCUGUGGCGUCUGAAGAUCUCGGCGGCUGCGGCCACUCACGGACUUCCAGCUACGCCAGCCAACAGUCCAAACUCUCAGGCUACAGUACAGGCCACUCUCGCUCCUCCAGCAUGUCAGACUUCAGCCAUCGUAGGAACCAUUCAGUAGGCAGCGCCUCCACGGGCAUCGGCAGCAUCCCAGAACCAAACGAGGACAAAGAAUCCAGACCUUGUCCUGCCCUCCCUGAACAUCCACUUUCUGCCGCCAACUCCAGCAACUCUGUGGGUUCUCCGGUCCGGAGCGAGUCGUCCAGUGAGCGACUCAACAGACAUCCGGUGAAGCAGGACUCCAUCGAGUCGCAGCUGAAGAGAAUGGACGACACUCGAGUGGAUGCUGACGACGUUGUGGAAAAAAUCCUCCAAAGCCAAGAUUUCACGCCCAGCCUUCUGGACUCCGGUGCAGAGGAGGAAGGUUUACGUCUGUUUGUGGGGCCUGGAGGAAGCACCGCGCUUGGUAGCCAUCAUCUUCCUACCAGAGUCGGAGGUGGAGCAUAUGAGCAGGUGGUGAUGAAGCGCUGAAACAUGUGAAGAAGAAAAGGAACAAACUGGAAGCAGGCUUUUGUCCAUUUCAGUCUUCCUCUGCUAGUACGGUUGACGUCACAAGAGCGCCCUCGUGUGUUCACACUUAGAACCUAACACUGUAGCUUUCUGACUUCCAUCUCAGCGGGAUCACGUUUAUUAAUGUGAUGGUUUUUUUUUAAGUAAGGGCUGCUUGUGUCGACAUUACCUUCACCCACCUUUUCAAGCAGACUUCUCACAACAAAUGUGAACUUCCAAAAAGGUGAUUUGAGAGGAGAACAGGUUGUGAACAGGUGGAAUAUUGCCAUGUUAUUUCAACACAUUCCAUAUAACUGUAGUAAUAAUUGUGUCAACGUUUCCUGACUUCCCUUUAAGGUUCAGUUUCAUUUGCCUUGACGCUGCUAAGAGGCUCUUGGUGUAGAAGCACUCGGACAUGUUUUUAACGGAAAGAAUAUUUUACUACAAAGACCAGGUGCCAGGUUGUGUGUGCGUGCGUGCGUGUGUGUGUAAGUCAAAAUAGCAAUGUUAGCCAUCUUUACAGUGUAACUUUGUACAGUGUCAGCUUUGGAGGAAUGUUAUUUCAAUACGGUGAUAGUGAAAGUUACGCACAGUAUUUAUUGAGGACUGCCAUGGAAAAUAUGGCACCAAUUUUCCCUGCAUGCAUUAGUAAACUGUAUUUGGACACAAAUAAACGCUAAACCAAAGUGUGUCUGCCUGCCCAGGUUGCAGUAAUUACUACCGUCAGUUAGGGGUGUAACGGUACUCAAACAUUUCGGUUCGGUACGUACCUCGGUUUAGAGGUCACGGUUCGGUUCAUUUUCGGUACAGUAAGAAAACAACAAAAUAGACAUUUUUUUGGUUAUUCAGUGUUUCCCAUAAACUGCCAAGAUACCUGUGGCGGUGGGGGCGUGGCUAUGGGCGUGGUCACCAUGACAUCGAGUAAUUUGCAUAAUUUACUACAAUAUGAUUUUCUCUAAAAAGGCUCAAAAAAUGUAUACUUACUAAUUAAUAAUAACAGUUUUGUUUUAAACGUCCAUCCAUCCAUUUUACAAUAUAAUUACAACACUUUAUGUACAUAUUUAUAUACAGAUUUGAACAAUAAUUAAUUGUGGUUCUUACAAAAAAUAUAUCUUAUAAAAUAUAAAAGCUAAAAUGUCUCUUAAAGCUCUGCCCCUUUAUAGUGCAUACUAAAUAAUUUAACUUCAGCCUACUACUACAACCAUAUUAUUUACCAGCAACAUAAAGUGAAACAAAGGCAGAGGUGUCCUGCCACAGUCAGUAACAAAUAAACAGAAAACAGUAGUGGUCAAAUACAAAUAAGGCAACAAGAGAAGUAUCCUACACUUGUCUUUUGUAAAGUAAAUCUGAACAGCCUAUAUGGGCAUCUACAUCAACUAUAUGAUUUGCCUGAGAAGAUGGACAGGACAAAAAAAAAAAAAAAUUGUUUUAAUUUUUUUAUUUGUGGCGGACGUAAUUCGUGGCGGGCCGCCACAAAUAAAUGAAUGUGUGGGAAACACUGUUAUUUAUUUACCAAAUUUGUAAACAAUGGCUUUAUCCUUUUAACAUUGGGAACACUAUAAUAAUUCUGCCCACGUUAAUCAACAUUAAACUGCCUCAAGUUGUUGCUCAGAUUAAAUAAAAUGACAACUUUUCUUCUACAUAUAAAAAGUGCAACAUUAAACAGUUUCAAGUCAACUCAUCAUGCUUAAUUUAUUACAGCAUUUGGGAAGCCUGUAGUUGAUUUUUAUUAUGUAAAUGUUAUAUUUGUAUCAACAUGUGAUAGCAGGGACCCUGCCAUUCAAAACUAGGCUGCUACAUUACUAAUGAUUCAUGUAACUAUAGCCGAAAAAAUAGUACAAUAGGAAUAGGAGAGACUAUUCAUCCCUGAACACCAUGGAGUUCAUGUAGGCUUAAUGAUGCACUUACAUUAUUAUAUCAACUAUCAGAGACAGAAACUCUCCAUUUAACAUAAUGUCCUUUUUUGCUGCUUCAACACAGCUCAAUCAACACAGAAAUUGGUAAAGUGAAAUAACAGACAGACAGGGCUUUGCUGUCCGUAACACACACACACCGCAAAAUGAGCUAACGUUACGCUAAAAGCGAAUUAGCCUUCACCUCAAGCCAGGACUGCGAGCGAGCUGAGCUGCCUUUUAUAUUUCUAGAAGGUCAACGGCCUCAUAGUGAUGUUACUAGUAGUUGACUGGGAGGUGUUUAUUAUCAUUUGGGGAGAGUCCGCUGCCUGAUGAUUACCUGCUAAACACUAAGCACUGACUACAUGCGCUCUGAAUACGCACUGCUGAUUGGCUGUUACCGCUCUGUGUGUAACCAAUCAGAUAGUUGUGUGGGUGGGACAAUGCCGGGUGCUGUGUAGAGUCCUGACAGAGGCAGAAGGAAGCGGAGGCGGCUACUUAAUAUGUUCGUGUGGAAACUCGUUCGGUACACCUAUGAACCGAACCGAAACCCCCGUACCGAAACGGUUCAAUACAAAUACACGUACCGUUACACCCCUACCCUCAGUACUUAAACCAGGGGUGUCCAAACUUUUCCCGCUGAGGGCCGCACACGGAAAAAUUUAAGCAUGCGGGGGCCAUUUUCAUAUUUUUCAUUUUCAAACCUUAACAAAAUAUAUGGAUUUUUUUUUUUUAACCUUUAGGGCUCCCGGGGACCAUAAAGGGUCUCAGUCAUUAAAAUGUAAAAAAUAAGUCAAAUUAUUAUAAUUUUUUAUUUAACGCUUACAGUAAAUCUCUAUAUCAACUUUAGGUUGAUAUAAAGUAAAAAAAUAAAAAAUAAAAAAAGGUUUUAUGCCUUUUCUGUCAAAGACAACUUUGUUUUUUAUAGUAAAACUGAAAUAUGCAGUAUUUAGUAAUUAGAGUUCUAAAAGAUCAACAAUGCAGGACACCAUUGAUUUUAAUUCUUUAAUAUUUUUGAGUAAUCACAGUGAAAUAUUAAAUAAAAUCCUACUAAAUAUAUUAUGGAUCCAAAAGGUCCCCCAUUCAUAAAGUGAUACCUUUUUAUAAGUUUUUUUGACUUUUAACACUUAAAUUACGAGAUCAACUUCAGAUGUAUCUGUCGAUUUUACGUUUGAACUAUUAUUUUGUUUGUUUUAUGCUCUUUUGUCAAAUAAAACUGAUGUUUUUUUAUGGCAACCACACAAUAUAUGCAAUAUUUUUUCCACAUAAAACAUUUAAGUGAAAUUUUUUAAGUAAUAAUUCAUUGCAACAGAGAUUUUUUGUCUUUUUUUUUUUUUUUUUGAGCAAUGGCAAAAAAAAAAAAAAAUAAAGACAAAAGAAAAAAAAAAACUGCCUGCAUGGCAGCUUUGUGUCAACAUUGCAACUUUUUCUCGUUAGAUUUCACCUCAUUCCACUUUUUUUUUUUUUAAAUGUUUUUUUAAAUUUUUGCAAUACUAUCAAUUUUGCAAUUUUUGCAGAACGUGUGGGGGGCCGGUAAAUGAUUAGCUGCGGGCCGCAAAUGUCCCCCGGGCCGCACUUUGGACACCUCUGACUUAAACGGUCACAUAUUCAGUCUACUAAGGAGCAACACAAUUCCAGCGCGGCACAUAUAUCACAAUCUGAGCCAGUCGGUGGCUAAAACAAGCACUUUGCACAAUAUUACAUUCAUUAAUUUGUAUAUCAAUUAUACCUGUAAUCUGAAAAUGUAACCAUCACUCUUGUUUGGCUCAAGCAAGCGCUUCAAAUAUGAACGCCGCAUUGAUUAAAAACAAGCACAGCUGCUCUGGAGUCUUAAGUCCUGUAUCUUGUUGGUAAAGAAACAUAUAGAUGAAAUUAGGCCAUAGUCCAGACUCCAUAUUAGCUUUAUAUUCAUAGACUGAAUAGGGAAAAAAACAGUAGCACAUUAACAAUAUACAGUAAUUAUUAUGCAACUAAUUACAUGUUUCCACUAGGGAGGGAACUACAACAGUAUGCCAAAUAACUCUUACACUGUACUUAGGAAAGAUCUAGACAGGUCUAAUUUUGCAUCUUAGGAACGACAAAGGCUGGAUUUUACAAUGAAAAAUGGGGUUAAGUCACAAAUUGGUGUGGUGUCUAUUCUGCAUUUAUGUUUUGCAUGACUGUUCUUUUGUCAUAUUUGCACAAAGUCCAAUCUUUUAUGGUGUGCGAGGCAUCUUAUUCAGAAUAUUUAAAGCAGAAGUGAUCCGUCAAAUCUUUGUCUGGUAUGAUUUAAACGUGUUGACACUUCCAAAAUAUCACUGUUUGAUACAUUAUAUUCAACAUUGUGCCAUUUUUGCUAUGUUGUAAUGUUUAGGAGAUGCAUUCUGUUGUGAAGGAUUUUGGCGCUACCAAUUUUAUUUUUUUAAAAGACUUUCUUGCUUAGUUUUACGGACACUUGUGGAACCUGUGUGGCGCUUAAGGUCCGCGCGGGCAACUGACAUGUUGUUACAAACAUGGUUGCUUCCUCUCUUCUGUGAAGCUGUUGUCUAUAAUAAAGUGUAAGUUGUAUUUUUCUGUAAAGUGAUGUACUGCGCUGUUUCAAACACUGUCCAGUCUUUGCCGUGUCCCUCCCGUCCAUGUUUGCUUGUGCGCUUACGACGUGUACCUCACACUGUUGACAACUUCAAAGAAACGUGGGAAUAAAACUUGCUCAUGCUGACAGUUUACUUUCAUGGUCUUGCCUUCAUCCCCUCCAGCGUGUUACCUUGAGUCCAAAAGGUCCUGGAACCCGUGGGCUAACCAUCCGUCUCCCACAGCUCUUCUGUGUAUUUGGCGUCCACAUAGCCGCU